CACAAGCAGCCUGUAUGGAUGCACAACAUGUAACUCCUAUGGAAUAUCUCAUGAAAAUAUGCAAUUAAAUAUCUGAUUCCUCUUAAGGCUGAGGAGAAAAGUAAGCUGUGACACAUUGAGUUUGUGAGGAGUGUCACUGGUGCAUGAUGACGGUCACUUACACCGCCAGAGUGGCCAAUGCACGCUUCUGCGGUUUCUCCAAACUUCUGCUGGCCUGGAAAGGAAGCAUAUAUAAAGUUCUGUACAAAGAGUUUCUGGCUUUCUUCGCCAUGUACACAGCAAUCAGCAUCACAUACAGAUUCUUCCUUCUGGACAAUCAGAAGAGAUACUUUGAAAAGCUUUCCAUAUACUGCAACCAAUAUGCCAGUCUUAUCCCAAUGUCUUUCGUAUUAGGGUUUUACGUGACAUUAAUAGUGAACCGCUGGUGGAAUCAGUACACGUCCAUCCCGCUGCCGGAUCGUAUCAUGUGCACGCUCUCCGGGGGCCUGCAGGGCGGGGAUGAGCGCGGCAGGUUGCUGCGACGAACGCUGAUGCGCUACACGAGUCUGUCCGCGAUCCUGAUCCUGCGCUCCGUCAGCACAGCCGUGUUCAAGAGAUUCCCGACUAUGGAUCACGUUGUUGAAGCAGGUUUUAUGGCAAGAGAAGAGCGUAAGAAGUUUGAGAGUUUGCACUCACCCUAUAAUAAGUAUUGGAUCCCGUGUGUGUGGUUCACUAACCUGGUGGCAGUCGCCCGCUGUGAGGGCAGAAUUAAAGAUGACAAUACUUAUAAACUCCUACUGGAGGAGCUGAACAAUUUCAGAGGGCAAUGUAGCAUGCUUUUCCACUAUGACAUGAUCAGUGUGCCACUGGUCUAUACACAGGUGGUGACUCUGGCAGUGUACAGUUUCUUCUUGGUGUGUUUAAUUGGUCGUCAGUUUCUGGACCCUAGUCAGGGUUAUCCGGGUCAUGACCUUGACCUUUAUGUCCCCAUCUUUACCCUUCUGCAGUUCUUUUUCUAUGCUGGCUGGUUGAAGGUCGCAGAGCAGCUCAUAAAUCCUUUUGGAGAGGAUGACGAUGACUUUGAGACCAACUGGCUGAUAGAUAGAAACUUCCAGGUUUCUAUGAUGGCAGUGGAUGAGAUGUAUGGAGAUUUGCCCAUGAUGGAGAGGGAUCGUUACUGGAAUGACUCGAAUCCUCGUCCGCCAUACACAGCCGCUACGCUUUUUGUGCUGCGCAAACCCUCUUUCCAGGGCUCCACCUUCGAUAUGGCAAUUCCUAAAGAGGAGAUGCAUUUCCAGCCUCUGGAGGAGAUUGCAGAGAACCUGGAAGAAUCCGGGACACGGAAUCACAACCUCGCUCUCUUCAACCGGCUCCUCAGCUCCGCCCCUUCUCCCACAGCCUUCAUGGGCGGAGCCUUGCGCCGCUCCUCCACCCAGCUACAGCAGUUGACAUGUUCCAUCAGUCCUGACCCCUUCUUGUCAGACGUAGAGGGAGAGGGCAGCAUGGGGAGGAGCGUAGGAACGGCUGGUUCGAUGCCAUCUGGACUCGGGCUGGACACCACCCAGAGCACCAUCUGCAGCUGUGGAGGACUCAUCAGCACCUGCCCUCCGCUGCCGGCCUUGGAGCUCAACAAGCAAGGAGAGAGGGAUGGAAGAGGGGAAGAGGAAAGAGGGCAGAAUGGUUUCAGGAAUAUUGAGAAAGAGAACAAAGACGAGAAGAAGGUGGAGAAUGAGUCACAUGUGCCAAAGAUACCACCACCCUCAUCGCAGGCACCCAAUGCAGCCCGCCAAAGUCCUUUUGCUCUGGGACAUUUGAAGUCUCAUCUCUCUGUUUCAAGUGUCACCAACCGCUCUGUACCGGACUUAUUCUCUUUUCAGCCAAUUAAUGACCAGGCAAAGGUCAUGACCCCAAAACUGGCCAAAAGCAAAGCAGAACGUGGUGUGUCUUUACUGACUGUCCCAUCUCUUGAGGUCUCAGCAUUCCCAGAUAAUACCGAAAGAGAUCGGAUGUUGGCAGAUUCAAAAUGUCUGUCAUCCAAUGAUCAAACUCAAUGUCAGUGUGAAAGCAUGGGAACUGAGGUCACAGGGUCAGGUAGCAAGGUUGACUAGAUCAAACUCCACCUUGACAUUUGAUAGAGCAAAAUAUUUGAGCAACAUGAUCAUUGUCAUAUAUUGCUGAAAUAUUUUAUAAAGAUAUAAUAUUGACAAUAUCUUGUUGCAAUACAAAACUUGCCAGAUCAUUUGGAGUUUUUCAAUGAUACUUUUUAGAUACAGUAUAUAAUCUUAUGCAAAUGUAUGCCAGGAGACUAUUUAGCAGAGAUGGGUCACUUCUAUUAUAAUAAAUGGGAGAAAUUGGAAUGCCCAACAUCAGCAGAUAUAGAACGGAAGUCCCGCCUUACAGGCAAAAGAGACAAUCACCUGUUAGAUACAGACAUCGCCUGUCAAUCAUCUUGAGAACGCACAUGCAUAUUAGCUAUACAAGCCGGGAAUUAUUUUUUUUUCUUUCCAAUUUGGAAUGCCCAAUUCCCAAUGCACUCUAAGUCCUCGUGGUGGCGUAGUGAUUCGCCUCAAUCCAGGUGGCGGAGGAUGAAUCUCAGUUGCAUCCGCGUCUGAGACCGUCAAUCCUCUCAUUUUAUCACGUGGCUUGUUAAGCGCGUUACCGCGGAGACAUAGCACGUGUGGAGGCUUCACGCUAUUCUCUGCGGCAUCCACGCACAACUCACCACGUGCCCCACUGAGAGUGGACCACAUAAUAGCGACCACGAGGUGGUUACCCCAUGUGACUCUACCCUCCCUAGCAACCGGGCCAAUUUGGUUGCUUAGGAGACCUGGCUGGAGUCACUCAGCACACCCUGGGAUUCGAACUCGCAAGUUCCAGGGGUGGUAGUCAGCGUCUUUACUCGCUGAGCUACCCAGGCCCCCUACAAGCCGGGAAAAUUUCAUUUUUUAGCGUAAUCUGAGGAAAAGAAGCACAAUUUAUAAUUCUAGUUUUGAUUUUAUUGCUGUUUUGAAAUAUGUUCUGUGAUCAUAAUCUUGACCAACCUUUUUGGAGAUUUCGGUCUUUUUCCAUUCAAGUAGAUAGGAGCUGCACUGUCAUGACAGGAAAUAACCUCCCAAGAGUGUCCCAAAGAUGGCCGACAGUGGACUGAUUGCUAGAAAGACUUUGAUGUAUACAAAAUAAUCAUUGUGACGAAAACAUGUUAAUCAGCACUGACACUGAUCUCUAGAGAUUUAGAAACAAGAAAAUGCAUGUAUAGAUAAACACAGAUGUAACUGAUAGUUUUCAUUCAUUUGAAUACAUGAAAUAGAUUAAAAUCAUUUGAAAGAAGAGAA